AUGGCCUCCUGUGACGACGACUUCGCUAUCCUCGGCAGUAACGACUCAAACCCUAACCACCGCCACGCGCCUCCCGCCCCCCACCGCAUUCCCCCUCCCUACGCGGCCCGCUUCGCCACUCGAACCAACCCACAGCCAGUCUCCAGCGGAGAAAAAACCAACGCCGGCGAAGAUCAGGACGACGGCGAGGAGUACGCAGACGCCGCCGCGUUCAACCCCUUCGACAGCGGCACGGAUCAGAACGACGUCGCGUCGAAGAGGAAGGACCAGUCCGAUGAGCUCAGCGACGGAGCCGGCGGCGGCGGAGGCGGAGCAGGAGGAUCAUCGUACACUAUCAUCAGGAGAUCGAAAUCCUCGGCGGUCUCCGCCGGUGAGUACCGGAAGGAUCGAGAGGAGUGGAGCGACGGCGCGAUCGCUUGCCUCCUCGAUGCGUACCUGGACAAGUUCACGCAGCUGAAUCGGGGAAAUCUGAGAGGCCGUGAUUGGGAGGAGGUGGCGGUGGUGGUGAGCCAGAAGUCGGAGAGGCAAACCAAGAGCGUCGAGCAGUGCAAGAACAAGGUGGAUAAUCUGAAGAAGAGGUACAAGCUCGAGAGGCACAGGAUGACCAAUUCUGGCAAUUCGCCGAGUAAUUGGCCUUGGUUCAAGAGAAUGGAGCAGAUCGUCGGCAAUUCGGUGCCGACGAAGGCCACAUCUGAUGAUGACAGAGGGGUUAGUUCCUCCGGUAUCACUCCUCUGAAAUCAAAGAGAAAUGCAAGUGCAAUUACUAGUCCUGCACCUCUGAUGAAUAAGCAUCCGAAAGUUUGUCUUAAAUGGCGAAGAGUGGUAUUCAAAAUCAGUGGUGCUGCUCUAGCCGGCACUGCUGCUAACAACAUUGACCCGAAGCUGACAAUGCUGAUUGCGAGAGAAGUUGCAAUGGCUUGCCGCAGUGGGGUGGAGGUGGCAAUUGUUGUUGGAGGUCGCAAUUUCUUUUGCGGAAAUACAUGGGUGAAUGAAACAGGUUUAGACAGAAGUACCGCAUACCAGGCUGGCAUGAUGACAACUGUAAUGAAUUCGAUAUUGCUCCAGUCAGCAUUUGAGAAGAUGGGAAUCCAGACUCGUGUUCAAAGUGCAUUUUCUAUGCCAGAGCUUGCUGAACCAUACAAUAGGCAACGGGCCAUCCGGCAUCUCGAAAAAGGCAGGGUUGUAAUAUUUGCUGGAAUUGGUGCAGGCACUGGUAAUCCACUCUUUACGACUGACACAGCUGCAGCACUUAGAGCUUCGGAAAUCCAUGCAGAGGCAGUACUCAAGGGUACCAAUGUUGAUGGUGUGUAUGACCGCACUUCUCAAGACAAUAAUUUUACGUUCCAGCACAUCUCUUUCAGGGAUUUGGUUGUCAGAGGAGAGCAUAACAUGGACACAAUGGCACUAACCUUAUGCGAAGACAACAGGAUUCCGGUUGUGAUCUUUAAUCUACUAGAGGCGGGAAAUAUAUCAAAAGCACUUUGUGGAGAACAAGUUGGUACCCUGAUUGAUCAGGUUCAAAGUCUGAGCUAAUUUAUAAAACUCGGAGCUGUUGUAUCUUUAGGUCAGUAGCCCUAGGUAGGGGUCAAGUUAGGAGUAUUCGCGGUUGCUGGGCUACCUGCUGAGACUGCAUAUCCUUGGCAAAACGAUUUGUCACCUGACUAUGCAGAGGUAGAGUAUAGAUUCUAACUAUUGUAGCAUUAGCUAGUGAUUGAUGAUUACUUAAUCGACGAUCAUCUUUAAGUUAUCCAAAUUAUGGUGGUGCUAGUGUUCUUUUUAUUGUCUUGUAAAUGGUAUGAACUUGGUGAGAUAUUACUUUUGAGGAAGAUUGUUGAUGCAUAUGAGGAUAGCUUCUUUAUUGGUACAUUUAGUAUGUAAACUCUAUCUAUGUUCUAAGUUAUGAUCCAUGAAACACUGAAAUUAUUGUUGUACUUCUCUGUGUAAACUUUAAAUCGUAUAAAUGCAUCUUGGAACUCCUACAUUUCUUUAU